AUGUAUUUUCAGCUCCUGGGCCUGUGUGUGCUGUGCGUGGGGGUGUACGCGGAGGUGGAACGCCAGAAUAACCGUACCCUGGAGGGGGUGUUCCUGGCCCCCGCUGUGGUGCUCAUCCUGCUGGGCCUGGUGAUGUUCACCGUCUCCCUGGUGGGCAUGGUGGGCUCCCUCAGGGACAACAAGACCCUGCUACACAUGACAUCAGCCUUGUUCCAAAGUAGCAUACGAGAGGGAAUUAAACACUAUUACGAUGAUCUGGACUUCAAAAACAUCUUGGACUUUGUGCAACAGAAGUUCUCUUGUUGUGGUGGGGACGAGUACAAGGACUGGGGUGUCAAUCAAUACCAUUUCUGCAAUGGCACCGGGCCGCUGGCCUGUGGCGUUCCUUAUACAUGUUGUGUCCGCCACAAGGUGGGAGAGGUUGUCAACACUCUUUGUGGUUACAAGACUCUCAGCCAGCAGCGUGAGGUCCUAGAUGAGGUGAUUCAUGUGCGAGGCUGUAUCCAUGCUGUCAACCUGUGGAUGAGCGACAACGUGGGAGCAACUAUUGGGCUCUGCUGUGCCUUAGGUCUGCCACAGCUUAUGGGCAUCGUGCUGAGCUGUAUGUUCUGGAACCUGCUGGUGGAGAUGAAUGAGUCCAUGGACAUGGUGGACUUCAAGAUCCUCAAGAGGGCUGGCUUUGAGUACAGCGAGCUGGACCUGGCUGGUGCUGGCUGCUGCCUGUGUCUGCCCAGAGACGGAGGCUACCUCCCCCUGCCAGCUUUAGACCCCAUCUUGUCUGACCCUGACCUAAAGCCCAUCCCCAUCCGGGUCCAGCGGCCCCUGCCCGUCCAGGUCCAUAGGCCCCUGGCCCAAUCCCUCCAAGACCUCAAGCUAUCUGGGCUUAGACUGGACGAGGUAGACAUUGGGCGGAAGCAGAAAAGAAGGGAAUAUUAAUUUUAGAAUUUCCUCUGAGUUGUUUUGUUGUUGUUUUGGUCUGUGUGUUUGUUGAAGGACAGGUUAGACCUGUUGCACUAUUUGGUGGUCAAACCAAUCAAUGGUCAUUAACUGACAGGAUCACAGGUUAUAAUGGCCAUGUUCCUAGCCGGCUACAUUGCAUACGCAUGCCAGAUCUCAAUGCCUGGAUAGGUGUUUAACAUAUCAGCUAACCACAUUAUAUGAUAUAGCAAUCUGAUGCCUGACUGCGCAGUUGAUGACGUGGCACACAUCCAUUGGUUGAUGCAAUGCAUGCAGUUGGCCUGGAACCCGACCAGAGGUUUGGCACUUUGGAAAGGCAUUAUUGGAGCAAUCGUUAGUCUUUCAAAGAACAAGAUGCUGCAGUGGUUUUUAGACACUAAUUUAAGUUGUUUUUACCCUUUUCUAAAUGGAGCUUUCAAAUUGAGCUGCGGUCUCUGCAUUAUUUUUGACAUUUCCUCAAAUUUGUUGCAGGUAUUUUAUAAAUCUUUUAUUUUGAGCUGUGUCUCAUGUGCUAAAGCAUACCUCAGGCUGUAUUCAAAUGGCCCAAUAGUCAGAAGACAAUUCACAUCAUGUUUAUUUACUAUACCGACCUGACAUUUUUUUUGUUUGAGAUGAUCAUUCUAGUCAGAGUAGAGGAAUGGGAGUAGCCAAUCUUGUCUUGCUUCGAGUGCAAUGUCUGUGAAGGAUGUGUAGCAUGUUUCUUUUUUGUAUGAACUCUUUGAUUCCGUUUGUACACAGUGCCUUCGGGAAGUAUUCAAACCCCUUGACUACUGCCUUGUUCUAAAUUAUUAUUCAAAUCUUUUUUUAAAUUUUUUUUUAUCCCUCAGCAAUCUACACACAAUACCCCAUAAUUACAAAGUGAAAACCCGUUUUU